AAAGUUACUACAAGGUUGUUCUUUGACCAACGAGUUCAAAGAUGAGAAUGUGACGUACCGAUACUCGCUAGUAUGAACCUGUAAUUAACGCAAAAAUAGCAAAGUAUGAAUUCUUUGUUUGUUCAUUUCAGAUAGUUGUUUUCUAACACCUUCCAUUCUUCGUAAAACUUGCAGUAGGGUGCAUCACACUUUGAAGCGUUUAGUAUUUGUUACAGUUAUUUUACUCAGAAGGGGUAGGACCAUUGCGGUAGAUAAUUGAACUGUAAAUUGGUACUGCCCCUGGUAAGUGUCAUAACGCUUAUGCUAUCGGGCGAAACCAUUGUUUAAUACCGGUUUACAAGGUUAUUUACCCAAUAACGCAAUGUAAUGGUCCGUUGCCCUAAGGCAUGCACCUUCCAUGUUUUAUAAUGUUAAUCUGGUUGUAAAACCCCAUGAUCGAAGUGUCAUUAGAUAUCGAAAACAGGACCGAAAUUUGGUAAAAUAGCGCUGUAAAAUAUUCUGUCCAAAAGCUUUGAGACAUAAAUAAUGGACGAAAAAUCGUGUGUCCGAAAAUUAAGAGUCAUGAAAAAUAAUUAUUUUUGCUAAAAAAGGGGGUGUCCGAAAACUUAGAGUGUCCGAAAACAUAGAGUUAUUACGGUAUUUAAUUUAUUGUAAUCGUUUUGCACUAAUGUAAAUACAAUCAGUUCUCAUCCACGUAGCUUUUAUAACUAACUCGUUUUUGAAAAACGCCAUGCACUAUUACUACACAUGGGAACGCAUAUCCAUUGAAACCAGUUCAAACUGUAACUAAAUCAUGUGAUGGGUUGUGGAAUUAUUUCUUAAUAUAUAACUGAAUCUCGUUCUGGAAAAUCAGUGCUUAAGGCAUGUGUGUAAAUUAUCGUCUCAGACUAGCCUGAUCAGUCCGCACAGACUAAUCUGGUGCGACACUUUCUGCUUUAACUGGAUUUUCGCUUAAACAGACAUCCUUUAAACGAAAUAAACUAUAGAAGCGAUAAGUGUCGUUAUGGAUUACCUUGUACGGACUGCACAUGAAAAUCUUUGACGUCACUUAACGCUCAUGUAUUAAGCUCCAUUUUUCCAGAGCGAAACUUAUUACUAUAAAUGAUUUGUUCAGCACCAUUGUUCAUCUCGACAUGCUCAUUUGGCCAAAGUGGAAAGCAAGGCUGAGGACCUGUUCCUCCAAGAUUUUGCCAGGCGUUUGUACAAACAUGGUUGAACCACUACCUCGUUUUGCUGGCGCGGUCAAUCAGAAGUUUAAGUAGAAUCGCCACGAAUUUAUUCCUGACCACACAUUUGCCAACUCCUUCUGGCUCGGUGGCACGGACUCAAACAUAGAGGGUAUAUGGACCUGGUACUCGGACGAUUCGGACUUGGAAACACCAGUUGGCCUCAGAGUCACCCGGGUCCAACGGGCGAUCACCAGGACUGUCUAAUAUUGUUCGCUCCUAACAACUACCAGUGGUACGAUUUCGAGUGUGAAAUUCUUGCACACCCUUUGUGUGAGAUCGACUCGAUUGCAUCGAAAGAUUCAGGCUUAUUGCAACGCUCUCGAGUCCGUUUCCUGGGCCUAGAAACAGUACUUGGUGUCUUUGCGGGAGAUCUAAAGAACGCUCCCACAGAUCGAACCCGUGACCUCCAGGUCGCUUGGCGGACACUAUAUCUAUUAAAUCACGGCGAUUUUUUAAUGCAUUUUUUUAUUAAUAAAGCAAACACAGAUACAGACAAUUUUAAAAUGUACGUGAUUGGCCUGAAUGCACCGGGAAGAAAUGAGAAUUAUGUACAGAUUCCUGUGUAUCGAGGACGAACCAGCUAUCAAGGCUUAUCAAAGCAUAUCGUUUAUUCGAUACAUUAAUCAAUGGUAUGAUAAAGGAGGUUUUUUAUCUGACGAUUAUAUGUGUAUUUAAAAAAAAUAUCAUUAAACACAAAGAGAGUGUUGUUUGAAGAACAUAUUCGUUUAAUAGCACCUGCUGAAUGGAUUAAUGGAUUAAAGAUGAUGUUAAUACACGUGAGUUUGACAUAAAAGGCAGUUCAUCAAACUGUAUGGAAAUGAAAGCUUUUAUAGACAUAAAUCUGAAUCCUUUUGUGAAACAAAUGUAAUAAGACUAUGCAUGUAAAUUAAAGAAUAUGAUUAUGUUGUAGUUUAAAAAACUUGAACAUUGUUGCAUAUGCGAAACAAUAAUUGAAUCAUGUUUUAGGAAAAUCACUGAAGAUAGCUUCAAUAAAGUAUCACUUAUUAUUAAAACUGAGAUUUAAAAUGCUUGCAUUCGUCAAAAGGUGUUUGAUGUAGGUGUCGAACUUAUCUUUGUUUUUCACAUACUUAAGUACAUUUCGUGUUAUAACAAAUGUAUAUAACCAUGCUAGAUAACAGAAAUAAAAACAAUUGACUCAGCCCACUUGUUCAAAUGCGAGGAUCGUUAGAUAUUUGUGUUUCGAAAUUUACAAGAAAAGGCGAACGUGAAAAAAUGUAAAACAAAAAUGAGGAAUGCUAUUUUAUUGGUUGUUGACGACAGUGACAUCAUAAAAGUACAUACAAAUGAUAUCAUUAAGCGAAUUAGAGAGGUCAACCCUCGACGUCAGGUUCUCGUCCGAAGUAUUUUAAAUAUGGAUGGCAUCGAGGAAUAUGAAAUAUGGAAGUGCGUUUUCAUCACGGACGGUGCAAAAAAAACUCUGGAAACACAAUGUGUCAACCUUUGGAUAGAAAAAAUGACUAAAAGAAGAUCACCCAAAUGUAUUAUGAUAAACCUUCACGAUCCUGAAUCUGGCGUCAUUCACAUAGACGAGCCUAAGCUUUCUGUUUGUACGUCAGACAUCGUGAUGAUUGACACGAUAUCCAAUUAUGAACAAUGGUGGCCACGUGUUUUUGACCUUAUACAUGAAAAUCCUGGCUGCCUUGAGACAUGCCGAAGUAUACAAAAUGUUGAACUAAAACCUAUUAUGUUUCGAGUACUGGCAACGAUUUGCCUAUUGCUUAAUAUUCCGUUGGUUAUUGCAUGGACAUGUGUGUGUUUUCCAGUGUGUUUUGUUUUAAUAAGUGUUAAUAUCUCCGACAGCAACUGUAGUCAUUGGUGUUUAUUUAUCGUUCAGACAAUAUUCACAAUACCGUUCCUGGGUCUUGGAUGGCAACUAUAUUCUGAUGAAUACCGGAAGAGCCAUGAUAUCCGACUAAACAAAACUGAGGUGGUCAUUAUCUUCAUGAUAAUAAUACCAUUUUGUGUCUUCGUUUGGGGUUGUAUAGGCAGUCGAAUUCUUCGGAAUUCAAAGUUUGAAGUGAUGCACGUCUUUGAACUACCAGCCCGACUGUGGGUUGGGCUAGAUCUGAGCUGUAUUCUGAGUAUGUGCAAAGCAACACAACAGUUGCCAACAUUUAUUUACAAAAGCAUACGAUUAUCCUUUUUGAUAAUGUCUUUAUUGUUGAAUAUACCUUAUUUAUUAAUUUUGCUUUCAGUAUGUGCUGUAAUAUGGGUUAUUUUACUCGCAUUAGAAAUAUUGUGUACAAUUGGAGGAGGUAAACUUGAAGACAUUUUCACAAUUAAUCAAUCUGGAUCCUGUAACGUUAACCAUAUCUUUGAUUUACACAUUACGGGAAUGUUCAGUACAAUAUCUAUCAUAUUUGGUGUAAUUGCAACAAAAUACAACAUCGACUACUGGAAUGAUGGCAAAAUAAUAACAAUUGUAUUGAAUUACGAAUGGACGAUUGCUGUGUUUUGUGUCUUAAUUCCACUUUACUUCAUAGUAUGGGUCUCAUUUGUAAGUCACGUUGCUAAACAUUUAUUCAAUUGCAAAUGGGGCAUUUUUUCAAUGAUAGGUAAACUAUGCUAAGCUUCUGUCUUCUGACCGACAAGUUAUAUGGUACUAUGAUAGAAUUCCGUUAUUAUUUUUAUAAUGGGCUAAUCGUUGUGAGUUGCAAGUAAAUUGCUUUUUGUUUAUAUUGUUUGCGAAGGUUUUGGAUAUUCUCAUUUUCUCAAUAAUGACCACGUCCUGACAUUAAAAUAUAGAAAAAUUAUUUCCAAAAUUUGAGUGCGAAGUGAAUAACAAUUAUUACAAGAUUGCAUUUUGUUUUGAUUUGUGAGUAUUUCCAAAUGUUAAAAUUGCAAAACUGACGAAUCUUAAACAAAAACGAACUUAAAUGAAAUGUUUUACAUCACAUAUUUCUCUUUUAUUUUCUUAAUAAAAUCGUCGAAUUAAGUUGUAAUAAAAAAGCAACUCAUACAAUUAAAAUUAAUUUUAAAUAAUAAGUCUUGUAUAGUUUUUAACACAAUACUAUCUUGUAUUUCUUAUUAAAUCAGUGUUAUUUAUACUGUAUUCUCAUGUAAUGUAUGUUCAUUUUAGGUUGUUUUUGGUACAAUCAAUACAUACUUAGCUUAUUUUUUAAAAAAACACG